CGAUCUGAGUACUUCGAAAACUGGAAUUCCAUCAUUAAUUCGUGUAUGGCAAAUUCAUAACCAGAAAAUAACAUCAAACAUGGCGUUAAUCUGGCGCCAUCUUGUGUCCAGGGAGGUUACAGCACUGUAGUCGGUUAAAAAAAGAAUGAAAAAAACACGCUUGUGCAAAAAGUACUUUUGUACAAAGUACUUCCGGUGAGGUCACGAACUAGCUUUUUAUGAGCGAUUUUUUUCCCGUGUGUACUUACGGAUGUUUUACUAUCACGUGAGGAUAUUUUUUGCGGUAGCUACAUUUCUUCUGUAAAUAAUUUUCUUUAACGACCGCUUUAAUUAACGGCUCUAACUGAACGACUGCACAACGCGGUUAGACAAGAGAGGCAAAAAGAGGAAGCAAUAGCCAACCAUCUUUCUUCUUCUGCCAGCAAUAACAAGAAAGAGACCAGGCUAGGUUCAAGUAGAGCUGUGUAGUUUGCAAUUUAUUGUCUGUUUUAUACUAGAUAAAGGACUCGUGUAAAACCUCUCCGUGUUAAGGUAGAUUAAAGCUCCCGGACACUGAACUCGUCCCCUCUCCGGCAAGCCUGGAAGUUUCGGAUCAGAAGACUGGCUGUUAAGAAUUAGUAUUCCCGUUUUUUCAUGUUUCCAACAGGUUUAUCUUCCCCUAACCCCCCACCACCGCCAACCCAGGAGGCUAGACCAGCGGCUACUGAUGUCAAAAACGACAGCGGUAACAUCACAUCUCCGAAGAAGAGGAAAAUAAACGGCUCAGAGAGGGAAGACACUACUGACACGAUCUCCCCCUCGCCUCCCAAGACCCUGAAUUCCUCUUCUUCCUCCUCCUCCUGCUCUCCCACUCCGCUGCACAUUCAGAAGAAGUUGAGGUUUGAGGAUUCAGUGGAUUUCAUUGGACUGGAUGUGAAAAUGGCUGAGGAGGCUGCUGCUGCUGCUGCUGCCGCCGCCGCCGCCGCCGCCGCUUCGUGCUCUAAUAACAAAAGCAAAGCCGUGUUCCUGCCCGGUGGCGUGGGACACCAUGCAAACGGACUGACGAAAACCGCAGGCUCCGGCACCUUCUCCAACAGUAAACCUGGUGCUGCCAAGAAACUAGUCAUCAAGAACUUCAAAGAAAAGCCCAAGUUGCCUGAGAACUACACACAGGAGACCUGGCAGAAGCUCAAGGAAGCAGUGGAGGCCAUACAGAACAGCACUUCAAUCAAGUACAAUCUAGAGGAGCUCUACCAGGCUGUUGAGAACCUGUGCUCCCAUAAGAUAUCUGCCAAACUUUACAAACAGCUGAGGGCCGUGUGUGAAGACCACAUCAAGGCGCAGAUUGAUCAGUUCAGAGAGGAUGCCCUGGACAGUGUGCUUUUCCUCAAGAAAAUUGACAAGUGCUGGCAGGAUCACUGCAGACAAAUGAUCAUGAUUAGGAGUAUAUUUUUGUUUUUGGACCGCACCUAUGUUUUACAAAAUUCAAUGCUGCCAUCAAUCUGGGACAUGGGUCUGGAGCUGUUCAGGUUCUACAUCAUCAGUGAUCUGAAGGUCCAGAGUAAAACCAUCGAUGGGAUUCUGCUGCUCAUAGAGAGGGAGCGAAAUGGAGAGGCGAUAGACCGCAGUCUGCUGAGGAGCCUGCUGAGCAUGCUCUCUGACCUUCAGAUUUAUCAAGACUCCUUUGAGCAGCGCUUUUUGGAGGAAACUAAUCGCCUGUACGCUGCAGAGGGACAGAGGCUGAUGCAGGAGAGAGAGGUACCAGAAUAUCUCCAUCAUGUCAACAAGCGCUUGGAGGAGGAGGCUGACAGAGUCAUCACAUAUCUAGACCAGAGCACACAAAAACCACUCAUUGCUACGGUGGAGAAGCAGUUGCUGGGUGAACAUCUCAGUGCAACUCUGCAGAAAGGGCUGACUCACCUGCUGGAUGAGAACAGAAUUCAGGAUCUAUCUCUUCUCUAUCAACUCUUCAGUCGAGUGCGAGGUGGUGUUCAGGUCCUCCUGCAACACUGGAUAGAGUACAUAAAGGCUUUUGGAAGCACAAUCGUAAUCAAUCCAGAAAAAGACAAAACAAUGGUGCAGGAGUUGCUGGACUUCAAAGAUAAGGUGGAUCACAUCAUCGACAUCUGCUUCAUGAAGAACGAGAAGUUUGUCAAUGCCAUGAAAGAGGCUUUCGAAACAUUCAUCAACAAACGGCCAAAUAAACCUGCAGAGCUUAUUGCAAAACACGUGGAUUCAAAGUUAAGGGCAGGAAACAAAGAGGCAACAGAUGAAGAACUGGAGAAGAUGCUGGAUAAGAUCAUGAUUAUCUUUAGAUUCAUCUAUGGAAAAGAUGUUUUUGAGGCCUUUUACAAAAAGGAUCUGGCUAAGAGGUUGCUGGUUGGAAAAAGCGCUUCUGUUGAUGCUGAAAAAUCGAUGUUGUCAAAGCUGAAACACGAAUGUGGAGCAGCGUUCACCAGCAAACUGGAGGGGAUGUUCAAGGAUAUGGAGCUUUCUAAAGACAUCAUGGUGCAAUUCAAACAGUAUAUGCAGUGCCAAAACAUUCCUGGCAACAUUGAGUUGACUGUCAACAUCCUCACUAUGGGUUACUGGCCAACCUAUGUCCCGAUGGAAGUGCACCUGCCUCCUGAGAUGGUGCGACUGCAAGAGAUCUUCAAGACCUUCUACCUGGGCAAACACAGUGGCAGGAAGCUGCAGUGGCAAUCAACACUAGGGCAUUGUGUGUUAAAAGCUGAAUUUAAGGAGGGCAAGAAGGAGCUGCAGGUGUCACUUUUCCAAACACUUGUGCUACUGAUGUUUAAUGAAGGAGAAGAGUUCACCCUGGAGGAGAUCAAACUGGCAACAGGAAUAGAGGACAGUGAACUGCGCCGGACGCUGCAGUCACUUGCUUGUGGAAAAGCACGAGUCCUUACUAAAAUCCCAAAAAGCAAAGAUGUGGAGGAUGGGGACAAGUUUUCCUGCAAUGAUGACUUCAAACACAAGCUCUUCAGGAUCAAAAUAAACCAGAUCCAGAUGAAAGAAACGGUGGAGGAGCAAGCCAGUACCACAGAAAGGGUCUUUCAGGAUCGUCAGUAUCAGAUUGAUGCUGCCAUUGUGCGGAUCAUGAAGAUGAGGAAGACUCUGAGCCAUAAUCUCUUGAUGUCUGAGGUGUACAACCAGCUCAAGUUCCCCGUCAAGCCUGCUGACUUGAAGAAGAGGAUAGAGUCUCUUAUUGACAGGGACUAUAUGGAACGUGACAAGGAGAACUCCAACCAGUACAACUAUGUGGCUUAACGAAAGAAAAAACGACAGAGAAAAAGAGAUGCAGAUAGUCCAGUCAGGCUGAAAGCUGCUCUGAGUGAUCGGUCUCUAAAAUAUUUUGCUCCAGUGGAUGUUAACCAUUAUCAUCUUCAACCUAGCGACCGACAAGUGAAUGGAUACUGCUCCACAGGAUUUUUGUCAGGGGUCUUGUGAUCCUGUGGACUGCAUGCCCAUUGAAAAGAGAAUAUUGUCCAUAUUUCUCAAUGCCUCUGAGAGAGUUGGGCUACCGUGGACAGACAAAGAAGACACUCAGAUGUUGUUCCGUUUGCUCUUUUUUUUCUUUUUUUUUUUUUUUUUUUUUUUUUUUUUUAAUGGAGAGGAAAAAUAUUUAUUUUCAAACUUAGAUUCUUCUUUGUCCAUAGUUUGAAUCAAUAUGCUCUUUGUUAUCAAGUCACUUUUUUUUCUUUUUGUUCACUCAGUAUCCCAAGCAAAUAGUGACACACCUAACAAUGCUCUAAAUGUACCACACUUUGGAGAAAAAAAAGGAUCAACAAAAAAUUAAACUGAUUCUUGUUUCUUCAGCCAGUGUCAAAUGUGGGACUAUCAGACUAACAUACAUAUUAGAAAAUUGACAAUUGGACUAUAUUUGUGUCAAAUGUGUGAUCCUGCGGCAGAGUUUAACAUUUUUUAAGGCCAUGCAGCCAUUUGACAAAGCUGUGAUCAUGAAUAAUGAAUACAAAAGGCAUUCAAAGCAGUUUGUGCCAAAAAAGGAGCACUUCUUUUGUUAUAGGGUGUAUUUAAGCUGCUAAAACAGUUCAGUUGUACAAGUAUAUGCAUUUAAGUUUCUCAUUUGUUCUUUAUUUGUACUUGUUUGUACAUACUUCACAAAAGUGACAUGAGCCCAUCUGACAGUCGACUGCUUUUUUGUUUUUUGUUAACCCUUAGAAAGUAUACUAAAAGCACAACGCCAUCAGAGCCCAUUUCCCCAUCUUCACUGGUGUCAUACCACAUACAUACACUAUAUUUUUUAAAGUCUCCCAGUGGGGCUUGCAGGCCUUUGCUGAUAAG